CCAACCCAAACCCAAACGGCGCCACUGCUGCUCGCUGUGCGGCCGGGAGUUCGCCGGCCCGGCCCGUUUGGCCGACCACGUUGCCACCCACUACGGCUACAAGCCGCACAGCUGCUCUGUCUGCGGGAAGCGCUUCACCAAGAAGGUGAACGUGUUGGUGCACCAGCGCGUCCACACUGGGAGAAACCGUACUCCUGCCCCGACUGCGGCGUCAGCUACGCCCAGCGCGGCUGCCUGCGCCGCCACCUCCUCAUCCACUCCCCGGAGAAACCCUUCAGCUGCUCCUUGUGUGGGCGUGGCUUCGUCCAGCGCCGCUACCUGGUCCAGCAUGAGCGCACCCACACGGGGGAGAAACCGUUCUCCUGCUCGCUGUGCCCCAAACGCUUCGCCUCCCGCAGCGGCCUGUCCGACCACCUGAAGACCCACCAGGAGCAGAAGCAGCAUUCCUGCUCGCUCUGCGGGAAAAGCUUCUCCUCCGCGUCGUCGUUCCGGGAUCAUGUGAGGAACCACACGGGACGCAAACUCCACCCCCUGCUCACUGUGUGGGAGGAGCUUCAACCGGCCGAGUCUCCUGAAGAAACACCUGCAGAAACACCUGCAGAAACAUGCAGAUGGAACCCUGGAGAAGGAAGAAGCUGCCCUCCAUUGCUUCCUCUGUCAGGAGCAUUUCUCCUCCGUCAAAGAGGCGAAGGAUCACGAGCGGCGGUACCACGCCGCGACCCGGUUCUCCUGCGACGUCUGCAGCCGCUCGUUCACUCGCUCGUCCCGGCUGAAAGACCACCUGCGCUCCCACACGGGGGAGCGGCCGUUCCAGUGCGACGUCUGCAAGACGCGCUUCACUGUGCUGAGAGCGCUGAGGAAGCACCAGGAGAUCCACAGCCGGCCGAACCACCGGCCCGACACCGUACCGUCUGGCGGUCCGGAUCCGCCAGAACCGAUCCCAGACAAGCCUCUGGACAGAACCAGCGCGCCCUGCAGGUGGAGAGCCGCAGCAACGAGUCACUGCCUUCACUGACUGGUGAGAAAAUCACAACUUUGGCUUCAGGGAGCGUUUGGGUCCAGAAAACCGAUCCCUGCCAGGACAGAGCCAGAGAAGAACCUGGAGGCCCAGGAAGUCUCAGAAAACCAGCGACCGGAACCGCCGGGCCCAGAGACCCCGACCACCUGCAGGAGUCCGGCGGUGAGGAAGAAGAGAAACCACAGCUGCUGCAUCUGCUCCAAGAGCUUCCUGAAGCCCUGCCUGCUACGGGAACACAUGAGGUCCAUAUCAGGGAGGGCCGGCUGCCGGACCCGGCCGACAAGGUGUUCUGGCUCCACAUGCGGACCGGCGGCCAGAAGAAGAAAACUGUGAUGAUGAUGAGGAAGGAGGAUGAAGGUGUGGAGGAAGAGUGCCGACCCGGUGACCUCUCUACCUCUGACCCCGUCCUCGUGCCUGGCGCCGGGCAGCCUGCCGGUAACCAUGGCGACCAGGGUGGGAACCAGCGGGAGGAAGAGGAUGUCAGCGGUUUGAUCAACUCUGAUGGAGAGGAAGAGCGCUGGGAACCGGAGCGCCGCGGUCCAAAGAUCAGCUCCGACCCGGCAGCAGACGGCCGCUCCACGGGAAAAUCCAAGAGCUGCUGCCCGGUGUGCGGCCGCGACUGCUUCAAGGCCUCUGCGCUGCAGAAGCACCUGCGCAUACACUCCGGCGAGCGGCCCUUCCAGUGCCCCACCUGCAGGAAGAGUUUCGUGCAGCACGUCCACAUGACGGAGCACCAGCGCAUCCACACCGGCGAGAAGCCCUUCACCUGCGCCGUCUGCAGCAAGAGCUUCACCUUCUCCAGCGCCCUGCGCCGCCACCAGCGCGUCCACACCGACACCCGGCCCUUCCGCUGCGCCCUCUGCCCCAAGACCUUCAAGCAGCUGUGCGUUCUGAAGAACCACCAGCUGACGCACUCGGGCGUCCGCUACCAAUGCCCGCUGUGCAGCAAGAGCUUCAGCCGCGCGCUGGAGCUCACCUACCACAUCGACGUGCACUCUGACGCGCAACCCUACUACUGCAGCGUCUGCAAGAAGAACCUGAGCGGCGCCCGCAUCUUCAGGAAGCACAUGAGGAAGCACGAAUCCGACAAGCCAAAGCUCGACCCGGCGGCGGCACAGUCCACCAAAACCCAAUGAGGUCACCUCGACAGAUUCACUGCUAAACUUCCUACAGGAGCUCAGAAGGGCCAAACAAAGCAGAGACUCCGGUCUGAUGGGUCGAUGCCUUGCUCAAGGGCACGGUGAGAGACCGGCCAAGACGAAAUAGUCAGAUUCUCCACAAUAAAAAUUUGAUCCAAAUGAAAGUUUCUGAUGAAGAGUUUGAAUCUCAUUGAUCCAGAGGUCAGAGGUCAUUUAAUUACCAAUAACUUCCAGAUUGGGGUGUAAAAGUUCUUCCCUGCUGGUUCCACCAGGCUGGUUCUGUUGUACUGAGGCGUCCACCAGGUGGCGCCGUGCUAGAUUCUCUUAUUAUUACCAUUUCCAGUUUCCUGAAGGUGGGAACUUCUCUCCCAGUUCAACCCAAAUCUGGUUUCCAGUCUGAUUUGCUUUGAUUGGGUUGUGAGGUGUGAACACUAACCGACCUCUGACCUCUGGUCCUCCAAACCUCGGUCUGGGUUCGGUUGAAGUGAACUCUGAUUCGGUUUGAAUCUGAACGCCAAGCGGAUCAGAGAGCGCUCCAAAAGCAGGAAGUGGACUACAGCACAGGGCAUUCUGGGUAA